ACAAACAGAAAAAAACGGAACAAAUCGAAACAGCCUUCGACCUGUUUGCAAUCGGAAUUUACUGCAGUUUAUCAUGGAAACGGUAGGACUCGAAAAACAUGAACUUCCGCCAACGAAUCAAAAACGAAUGGUCGCUUUCAUAAACCACUUUAUCCUCACUACGGUAAACUUUCUGAACCGGUUUGCGACAGACUGCGAAAGUAAACUGAUUGCCCACGAACAUAAAAUGCAAUCACUAGAAGCAUCCUUGUUAAUUGUGGAGGCAAAACUUGCUUCCAUAGAAGCUUUGAAAGAUGACCUUCCUUCAGAGUCGAUUGAACAUGCGACUUCACCAAAAGAAGCAACAAAUGAUGAUAGUUUUGCUGUUAAAAACGAAGUAAAAGAAGAACACUCCAGUCCCAUCCACGAACGGGAUCCUCGAUACGAAAAGUACAUUAAAAUGGUCCAAGUUGGUGUUCCUAUUUUAGCAGUAAAGGCCAAAAUCAACUCCGAAGGACUGGAGCCGGAUUAUAUAGACCAGUUUUUGUAGCGCAUUCGACGUAAUAAAUAUAGCUUUA